AUGAGGAGGUGCGUGCCUGUGCGCAGCAUCAUGCGCUGCAACAGUGGAAUCACCUUUUUAUGCAAAGGGUUUACUUGUCAGUUCAUGUUAGGGGUGAUGUGCCUUGUCGUGGGCCAUUCCACUGCCGUGAAAGUUGGAAGACAUUCAGCAGAACUGUUGCUUGAUGAACGUUGCGUUGCCCAUGAUUCAGCCGCCAGGGUGGCAAAUGUAUUGGGUCAGUGGUAUUUCAAUUUAUACAGAACUGAAGACAACAAAACUCUGGAGAUGUUUGUACGUAGGAAUGGCACCAUUUUGAGCUUGAUCACGCUCAGGGCUCCAGGGAGGCUAAGUGGGAGGCAAAGUGGAUGCUAA